AUGGAGGGUCGAUCUGAUCCAGCACCGUGUAUGUUAUCUGUUGGUCAUUCAGGUGUACAUAAAUGUGAUGCUGGCCAUGUGUGCCAACACAAAUGUCAAAUCUGUCAACUUCGUGGUGAUUUGCCUAAUCAAUGUCAUUAUCCUUAUCAACAUCAAACGCCGGAGCAUCAUCAAUGUGAACGUCUUCAUCAAUGUCCAAAGGCAUGUGCCAUGUGCCAAGAACCCUGUCCGAUUCCAUUUGACUUCCAAGAGCAUGAUCAACAUCGAUGUUCAAGCACAGUCUGUUGGAAAGAUUGUAUGUUCUCAUGCGGGAGAAAAUGUGUUACUGAGGAUCAUGCUCAUGAUUCAACAACUGAACUGGUUCAAAUCCUCAAAGGGACAGAAACACAAUCGAUGAAGAGACAUCUAUGUGGUUCAAGUCAUCGUUGUCUUGUCAUUUGUGACACUCCUGGUGUUUCUAAACAAGAAUACAAAACGCAACAGAAAACUUGGCAAACUCAAUCAGGUGAAGAGUUUCUCUAUGAUCACAUCGAAGUAAAUGAGAUCCGAGGUGAAUGUGAAAAUGUCAUUCCUCCAUCACAAUAUUCACAUGGCCAGAGUAACAAAGAACAUCGUUGUGGUGGACAACACACAUGUCGAGAACGAUGCCAAGAUUGUAAUACAUUCUGCCGUGAAGCUUAUGAACAGAUCGAGAUUCAAUCAAAUGAAAAUGUCAUACGAAGAUACAAGAUAGGUGAAUCAUCUCAGCCUGAGAACUGUUCUGUGUCGUGUAAACGUCGUGGUCGAGGUCAUUAUCAUCUUGUCGAAUGUCCUGGAGGAGAGAAUUGUUAUGAAAAGAAACUUGGAACAAAAGCCAAGCAUUCGAAUGAUGUUUAUUAUUAUGGAGUAGAUGAAGCAAGUGCCAAGAAGUAUGAUCAGAUCUUAUGUUCUGCUUAUUGGUCUCGAAUUAGAUGGCCACCACCAGUGACUGAUGUUGAUCGAAAGUUGAUCGAUUCAUACAGCUUCUUCUGUAGUGAACAUGCACCACGAGAUAAAAAUAAUGUGAUUAUCAAAGAUUCAGCGAAAGGGUUUUGUACAUUGGGUGCAUGGCAUAGUGAUUCACAUGCUUUUGAAUGUCAAAAUGAACAUCUUACUGAAGAUAGCUAUGAAGGAGUUGAUGUUUGUUUUGUGAUUGAUACCACAGGAUCAAUGGCAUCAUACAUUGGGCAAGUAAAAUCCACUAUUAUGCGUAUCAUUCAAGAAAAUGAGAUAAAACUGAAGGAAAUCAAAAAAAGCGGUACAUUUCAAUUUGGUAUCGUUGAUAAUCGCGAUCAUGAACCCGAGGGCGAUUAUGUGUGUCAUCGAUGUGAAUUUACUAAUCAUCGAGCGGCAAUUGAAUAUGUGAAGACAUUGAAAGCUGAUUCUGGAGGAGAUACUGCUGAGACCGUUUUGGAUGGUCUAGAUGCUGCUUGUAAUCUGAAAAGGCGUGAGAAAUCCGAUCAUCUUCUCUUCCAUGUUCUUGAUUCGCCACCGCACGGGAAAACAUAUAGCACCAGUGGAGAUCAUUGGCCUGAUGGAUGUCCCUAUGGAAAGACAGCAGAAAAUGUCCUAAGCACCAUGAAGAAGAAGAAGAUUGGCUACAAUGUUUUACGUUGUUCUUCAUCUCUAAACAUGAUGAUUAGUGAGUUUCAGAAACACAUCGAAGUAAAGACAUUAAAAUUCAGCGAAAUUAGUUUUGAAAAUAUCAUUACUACACGAGUUCAUCAACAAUUGAUUGAUACAGAAAUGACUUUGAAGAAACUUCAUGCUUGA